CUCGAUCUCCGUCCUUCCUCGUGCAAAGAAAAACAGCAAUGGGCUCUAUCCAGAACCAGAGUUUCCCACAAGAGGAGGAGGAGGCCAAGGCCUGUGCUUAUGCCUUGCAGCUGGCCACCUCCUCCGCCAUCGGCAUGGCCUUGAAAGCAGCCAUCGAGCUCGACGUGCUGGAGAUCAUGGCGAGGGCCGGGCCGGGCGCCGAGCUCUCGCCAGCCGAGAUCGCCGCCCAGCUCCCCACCGACAACCCGCAGGCGGCUGCGACGCUCGACCGCAUGCUGAGGUUCCUGGCCAGCUACUCCCUGCUCACCUGCUCUGUUGUUCCAGGCGAUGGGGGCCGGAAUGCGAGACGCUACGGGCUCGCACCGGUGUGCCGGUUCUUGACCAAGAAUGGGGAUGGGGUAUCCCUGGCCGCGAUGGUGCUCAUGAACCAGGACAAGGUCCUCCUGGAUAGCUGGCAACACUUGAAAGAUGCAGUAUUAGAAGGGGUGAUUCCUUUCACAAAGGCCCACGGCAUGACGGCAUUCGAGUACCACGGCACCGAUCCAAGAUUCAACAAGGUCUUCAACCAGGGCAUGGCGAACCACGCCACCCUAUUUGUGAAGAAAAUGCUGGACACCUACGAGGGCUUUGAAGGCCUUAAAGACCUCGUGGAUGUUGGUGGAGGGCUGGGAGCCACCCUUCAUAUGAUCGCAUCCAAAUAUCCACACAUCAAAGGAAUCAACUUCGACCUGCCUCAUGUGAUCUCUGAGGCUCCCGUUAUUCCAGGAGUGGUGCAUGUUGGGGGAGACAUGUUCUCAAGCAUUCCAAGAGCAGAUGCGAUCUUCAUGAAGUGGAUUCUUCAUGACUGGAGCGACGAGCAUUGCUUGAAUAUAUUGAAGAACUGUUGGAAGGCUCUUCCCGACAAUGGGAAGGUAAUCGUCGCAGAAUGUCUUCUUCCGGAAGCCCCAGAAACCAAUGCUGAGACGCAAAUACGCUACUACGCAGAUCUUGCCAUGCUGACCUACAACAUUGGUGGAAAAGAGAGAACUAAGAAGGAGUUUGAGUCUUUGGCCAAGGAAGCUGGGUUUUCUCGAUUCAAAGCUGAAUGUUGUGUUCUCAACAUUUGGGUGAUGGAAUUCCUUAAAUAGACAGAGAAUUCCUGGCUAUUGGUAUUCUUCUCUGCUUUAAAUUUUUUUUACUUUCUUUCAUUUUUUUGCUUGUCAAUAAAGGGAGGUUGAAACCACCCGGACUACCACAAUCAUCAAAUAAAAAUUAUUUUACAACGAUAUUACUCAA